AUGGACUUCAACUCACUGGCCGAGAAUGCGUCGAGGCUAGGCGCACGUCUGCAGGAGACACUCUCUGAACAGACACGCGACCUGAACAUCGCCAGAGCUUCCAGCUCAGCCUACCUGGACAAUCCCGAAGACAAGGUACGAAACAUAAAGAAGCAGCUGGACUCGAACAGCGACAGGGAGAAGCUGGAGGCUAUGAAGCGGCUCAUCGCGCUCAUAUCAAAAGGCCGCAAUGUGUCCGAGUUCUUUCCUCAAGUGGUGAAGAACGUCGCCUCGCACAACAUCGAAGUCCGCAAGCUCGUAUACAUCUACCUUCUCCGUUACGCGGAACAUGAGCCCGAGACCGCCCUUCUGUCAAUCAACACAUUCCAAAAGGACCUGUCGGACUCAAGCCCACUCAUUCGCGCAAUGGCCCUCCGCUUGCUGUCAGGGCUCAACAUGCCAGUCAUUGCCAGCAUACUCGUCAUAGCCAUCAAGAAGGCAGCCUCAGACAUCAGUCCCUACGUACGUAAGGCCGCUGCGCUGGCCCUCCCAAAAUGCUACAAUCUAGAUCCCUCGCACCAGCCUGAGCUCAUCCAGGUCCUGACCAACCUCCUGCGUGACCGCUCGCCGCUAUCUAUAGGCUCUGUCGCAGCUGCAUUCACUGCUGUCUGCCCGACUCGCUUAGAUCUACUUCACCCUCACUAUCGCCGGCUAUGUCGUACGAUCAUCGAUGCGGACGAAUGGGGCCAAGUCGAUCUACUCAACCUGCUCACCCGUUACGCGCGUACGAUGCUUGCACGACCGACCGAGGAAGUCGAUGCGGACCUUCGCUUACUCUUGAACUCGGCUGAGCCCCUCUUCCAGUCGCAAAAUCCAGCGGUGGGUUGUAUUGGCUGUUGCCAGAGCUUCUACUAUCUCGCGCCGCAAUCGGAGGUACCCAAGAUCGUGCUGCCGUUACUCCGCCUUCUACACGCCUCGCGCGAAGCCGAGCGGGUCGUCCUCGCGUAUCUUCUCAUCGCAGCACGCACCCUCUCACAUGCUAUCGCUCCGCAUUACGCACGGUGUCUCGUGCGCGCUGACGAUGUCCGCCAGACGAAAGUCGCCAAGGUCCGCCUCCUACGUGCACUCAUCACACCGGAGACCCAUCCAGCGCUCCUCCGCGAGUUCACGGCAUAUGCUGAGGACGCGGAUGACGCUCUUGUGGCGGACUCCAUCCAAGCAAUUGGGUAUUGCGCGCGAAUUGUCCCGGAGGCAACGCAGCACUGCCUGAGUGCACUCAUGGGGUUCAUUCAGAGCAAACAUGACAGCAUCGUCGCGAAUGCGGUCAUCGUCCUCAAGUCCCUCGUUCAGAUUCGCCUUCAGCAGCAACAGUAUGUACCUGUCAACGGCGACCCCACGACAUCACCACUCUCCAUCAUCGCCCGCCUCGCAUGGCGUAUCGACGAGAUCCGCCACCGAAGGCACGCGCUACGCGCCGAACGACGUGCAGGCGAACGGGUAGGCAAGGGCAUUGAGGGCAUCGCGGAAUGGGCACCUGAUGUCCUCCGUAAGUCUGUGAAGGUCUUCAUGGAACAGCCGCCAAUGGUAAAACUUCAAACGCUAACGCUUGCGGCGAAGCUGCUCGUGCUUUCUCCAACGAACCGCACGCUGGCGCUUUUAACCCGACAUGCACUGGCGCUGGCGCGAUACGACCAGUCGGUGGAUGUUCGCGACAGGGGGCGAAUGCUCAGCGCACUCCUGGUGGGUGUCGACGCGAGCAUCGCGAGCCCCUGGAGAACGGCUGGUGUCCGUAUGAUCCUGUUCUCGGGCAAGUUGGGUGUCGCAGAGGACAUCUCUCGACAUGACGACGAUCGCUUGCCAUUCGGCACGCUCAGCGCUGUCACAGGGAAGGAAAGUCUCGAAAGCCACCUCCCUGACUGGCUGGAAGAGGGCACGGAGUCUUCUCUCCGCGAUUCGGAAGAAGACAUGCCAACGGCGCCCGUGAUCACUCAGAUUUCCUCACAGGCCUCUGUUGCGCGCCCGAUCUCAGCCAGGGCGACGCCCGUCGUGCUGUCGGCGUCGGACUCCCGCGCAAGCUCAUUCAGUCGCCAAAACGGCACCAAGAGUAACUGGGCAGACUUGGAUAAGUUCUACGAGGAUGCAAACGAAGAGGAAGAAGAGACGGAGAGCGAGGAGAGUGAAGACGAGAGCGAGGAGGAAGACGAGAGCGGCGAGGAAGAGGAGGAGAGCGAGGCAGAAGACGAGAGCGACGAUGGCCGAAUACACAGGUAACAAGUACAUACAACGCAUUUACAACAACAGUGUUGGAAGUUUCUGUCCUCUCCGUACGCAAGAAACAGGUCCGUUUGCACAACAAUCGCUACAACAGAGCAUCGUCGGGGAUUUUGUAAUACAGAGGCUGCUCACGGAGUCAGCAAGAGGUACCGUGGCACAGGGAUCACACCUCACCGUAUCGAACACAUGAUAGAAAU